AUGUCAUCAAUUUUACCUUAUGAUCAAUCAUUAAAAUCAACGAUAACAACAAAUUCUUAUGAUAUAAAUGGAAAAAAUAAUAUUCUAAUAACAAAUCCUCUUAGUUCAUCAUCAUUUUCAACAUCAACAUCUCGUUAUGAAUCAACAGUUAUGAAUAAAUAUAAAAAUUUAUCAAAAUCAGAUUUUACUCAUCCACUUUCAGCUCUUAAACAAAUUAAUCAUAUUUUAUCAGAUCAACAAACAAAUGUGAAUAUGACAUAUGUAAGUUAG